AUGGCACUAGCUCAGGUCAGAGCGAUUGCGGAGGAUUUAGAGGAAGUGCACUCGUUCCUUCUCCUCAAAUGCCGACCGCCGUCAAUUCCUCUCAGCUCAGACGAGAGGGCGGAGUGCGAUCGACUGCAGGAGAAACUCUGUUCUCGACGCUUGUCCGAGCGCCAGGACGGAGCUCGCCUCUCCCGAAACCCGGCGCCAGAGUUCGAACAACGAGACAGCCAGGCAACCGAGUUGCCUGACUGGAUAGACGGUCUCAUCGAAAUGAUCUGUCGGAUGAAAGUAGCUCUGGCAUCUAUCACUGAGCAGGUCCGGUCCAUCUCUAGGAAUCGAGCCACCUCUGAGACCGAAUCAAGGCGUUCCUCCGACGUCACAACCGCGCCGACGUCACCAUGCGAGACUGACCCUGAUGCGGAACGAAUGACGAUACCGCUGACCUACCAUCGUCCUGCUGGUGAGAGCACCGCAACGUCGGGCGACUCUCCUUCUCCACCAAGCAACCGGGCGGCUGGCGCGUCCGCCAUCAUUCGCCCAACUCCGACACUGCAAAUGGCCCAGCUUGGCGAGGCCAUGGUUACCAGUCUCCGCCCUCUCGUCCACCAUGGGUCUUCCGUCAACAAGAUCAAAGUCUCAGACUUCAAGGCGUGUGACUGGGCGGACACAGUAGCAAAGCGCAAGCGUCCAGAGGACGACACCUACCAGGUCGCCGUCAAGUGGUCCUCGAGCAAGCUUGGCUCAGGGCUGAGUCACCUCAAACUGGCGGCUCGAGGUCGCGAAUUCUUAUUCCCAACAGAGCCUGCACCAGCCGAGAGGCCUACAGUAGAAGAGGCCCGGGAGUACCUGGAUGAGCUGGUUGAGAACCCGCCUCGAGGCGACAUUGCUUAUUAUGUUGGCCCCUCCCUGACCGACGGGUUCGACGGACUGCUGCAUCCAGGACAGGAUCUCUUAGGACUUGGCGAAAUUUCAGGGGUCAACACUGUUUGGGAACAUAUUGGGCCAAAGAACUCAGGUACUGCGGCCCAUUGCGAGGACACGCAGCUCUAUUCCUGCAAUUAUGUGUGCUACGGACUCAAGAUAUGGCUCAUCCUCCCUGAAGAGGAGACUGUCAAGUUCGAGCGUUUCGUCAAGAGCAUGUGCCCGUCGGCCGACUGCGACCAGUUUGUCCGUCAUGCAUCUCUUAUGGUGAGCCCUGCAAGGCUGGAGGCAGAAGGGAUCAAGUUUGACAUCGAAGUCUGCGGCCCUGGCGAGAUGAUUGUUACUCGCCCUCGUUGCUAUCAUCAGGUUGUCAAUUUCUCUACAUGCCUUGCUAUCGCCAUCAACUUCACCCUCCCUGGAGAGCCAAUCAUACCAGAAAACACUCCUGUGUGCCCGGAGUGUGGUUUUUUCCCGCUGGAGCAUCCAAACCUGCGCCAAGUACAAGCGUGCCGUGUCGGUCUCGAAGCGAACACCAGGAAGCGGUCACAGAGGUCCGGAGAAACAAAUGUUGGGCCCAGCCUCAAGAAGAAGCGCCAGGGUCGCUUUCGGGGAGGCUGCGAGCCCACCACACAGGCACUGGAAACGACACUCCGCGAUCUGCAGAAGCUGAGUCAUAUAUGGCAAGCCCCAUCGAUAGAGAAUAACUCAUCACUCACACCGCACCUGUUGAAGCUUGCGGCGGCCAUCAUGAGUGAGGCAGCGACAGAGCAAUUUCGCCAGCUUAUUCAGGCAUCAAGACAGCUAGGAGCACGAAGGCCGCCCGUUACGAUUCGAGAUACGGUCAAGGAUCUGGUCGGAGCUCAUGGGCGCUCCGACCUGGACAAGCUGCGCGUCCGGCUGCUUGAAACCCGGCUGGCGCAGACCUUGGAAGACCUAGCCAAGGGAGGCCUGCGUGCCGCGCCCGGGGUGACGACUGCUCUCAUUAACGAACUUCAGUGCAGCCAGAGCAUCUAUGAAAGGUUGAGACGCAAUGGAAACAGGUGGAAGACGAUCUGCCGCCCAUACCAGGGCCUCCAAUGCCUUGUUCCAUUCAGCAGCAAGGGCCACCCCUUCGGCGUAUCACAAACAGAUUACAUGAAUCUGGUCGGCACAGAAAACAGCGAAGAAGAGAUCCAGGCCUUCCAUGCCCUCUUGGACAACGAAUUCUUCAUCAAUCUUUGUUCGGCCGCCGCGUCAUUCCAGAAAGCGAUGCUCUACGAGUCUGACGAUGUGGAAUUCAUGUGGGAAAGCAGCAAGAGGCGAAGGCGAGCCAAGACGGCGGCAGCAGCGCUUCUUGAGCUGCAGCCGUUUCCUACAUUGAACGAGAAUAUGUAUGACGCAGAAAACUUUAAAGGCACAUCUCCUCCCGACGGAUGGCCUGAAGAGUGGUCGUGGCCCGUCGAUCCCACACACUUAUACUCAGGGAGGCACUGUGACCUCUGUGACCAGGACGAGUGCCGGUGCGUGGACAGCGUCUCCCAGCCACGGCCUCGUAUCAAGUACUACGGUGCGAAAGGUCGAGGACUCCAGGCGGUGGCCAGCACCGAAGGCGAGACAGCCUACCGCAAAGACGACAUCAUCGGAUACCUCAAUGGCGAGAUCCUCCCCGUCGGGACUCGCGCCGAUGUGUGGACGCUGGAUUUUGCGAGACCCGACAUCCAAGGCGAGCCUUUUGUUUGCAAGAUCCACUGCGGCAGGCGAGGCAACAGCUUCCGGCUCCUCAACCAUUCUUGCCAGCCCAACGCGGUCUUGACACAGAAGAGAGUGAGCGGGAGGUACAGGACGUCGGUCGUGGCCCUGGGAGAUAUCCCUGACGGUGCAGAAAUCACCGUGUCGUACCCGAGGGAGAGGAUUCCAGCCAGCUUGUGCGGUGGAAACAUGAUCCGCAAGGCCGCCGCCUGUGUCCCACUGAGCUACAGCGCACAGUCGAUCCAGAUUCGACUCCCUAUCCAAACCGUCAAAGCAAUGCAUUUCCCCGAUAUGUGCGCGGUAUAG